AUGCCAAUCUUUGUUCUAUUAGCUGCUAGUUCUCAUCUUCCAUUACCCAAAGGAAUACCAAAACAAAAUAAUGAAAUUAUUAAUAUUAAGAAUGAAGAUAAUCGAUGCUUUGAACGAUAUAUUUUAGAAGAUUUAUAUCCAGCUCCCUAUCAUCGAGAGCGAUCUCAAAAUCAAAAUCCUCAUUUAGGAGAGUUAAAUUUCAGAGGGAUUCAAUUUCCAGUAAAAGCUGACAAUAAUACAAUGGAAAAGUUCGAGAAGCAGAAUUCAGAUAUAUCUGUAUCAAUUUAUGGAUGGAGUGAAAAAGAACUUAUUCCAAAGAGAAUUGCAUCUAAAUCCAAAGUACAUGAUAGAUGCAAUCAUAAAAAAAGAAAUUGUCAACCAUGUAAGUUGAUUCGUCUUUUAUUAAUUACUGGAGAUGAUCCCAAAACAGGAGAACCAGCUCAACAUUAUUGUUUAAUCCAAGGAAGAGAUAGGUUAGGAAAAUUAGCUAGAUAUACAAUUAAGCACAAAGGUAAGUUAUAUGUUUGUGAUUAUUGUGUAAGCCACCGAACUUAUGAUUCUAAGAUUGAUGCUCAACACAUAGAAGAUUGUGAAGAGAUUAAUACUCCAGUACAAAGAACUGUAAUACCCAAGGAAGGUAAAAAUAUAUAUAAAUUUAGACGACAAGAAAGAAUGUUAGAUGUUCCUUUUGAUUGUACAGCAGAUGCAGAAACUCUUUCUAUCCAAAUUAAAAAGAAUCAAGGAUCGAAAACAAUAGCGAUCCAAGAGCAUAAAGUUAUAGGAUUUGAUUAUAUAAUUAAACGUAGUGAUGGCAAGACUAAAGUACCAGUAAAAAUCAGAGGAGAUGAUCCUGCUGGAGAGUUUAUUAAAGCAAUGGAAAAAGAAACAGAGCAAAUAUGA